CCCGCUGUCAAAUUUAGUAUGUAAAUCAAAAUGAAAAAUAUGAAAGUGCAAAAAUAUUGUAGGAGGACGUUUCUCAGCAGUUUGUCUAAAGUAAAUUAAAUAAAUUUUUCAAUGUUAUCUAGCUACUAGCAUUCUAUGCCACAGUUCUGAGUAAAAUGUGCUUUGCUUCACCGAAGUGAAAAAUGGUUCGCAAGAAAUAUUGAAUGGUUCUGGAAUGACUGCUUUUCAGUGGUCAGUCGGUGUCGCUCAAUUUGUUGGGCUCAUGAUUUCGAGAAACAGCCCGUCGGUUUAGAUUUUCACACAAAGAAGGUAUCAGAAGUGAAACUAUUGCAGCGAGGUCAGGCAGAAGGUUUAUCGUAACCCAUUCUGGAAACUUGAUGUGACACGAAAACAAUGUCUGGAGUUUACGGAUAUAAUAGAGAGGCAGUACGGGUUAAAGUGAAGAAAUGUGAAAAAAAUGUCCCGCCAGAGACUCGCAAGUUUAGCGUAGAUCCGCAGAUUACAAGUCUAGAAGUAUUGUACUCGAUUCUAGCGAAAGCAUUCGAUUUGAAGACUGACUUCGGCAUUAGUUGUAAGACACCAGAUUCCAAUGGGCAAGAGAAUUAUCUGGUAGUUCUUUCUGAUUGGGAUUUGGACGCGGCAUUUCUUCGAGCGCACAAUACGUCAAUUGCUACAAAGAGCGAACCAUGUCUUUAUCUAAGAGUGGACAUCAAACCAUUUUCGGAAACCUUGGAAUGGGACGGUUCCGGAAAUACCGGAGGAAUUACUCGGGAGCUAGCGUCGUUGCAACAAUCCAUCGGAGCAGGACAAAAAUACGUUCAAAACAGAUUACCCGGGUUAAUCAUGAAUCACAUGGAGAAAACCUUCUCGUUGGUUCAACGGGCGUUGAAUUUAGCUGAGGAUCCGUUGAUGACGCAGACACUUCGACCUCCGCUGUCGGAUGCGGAGUUUAGGACGUUUUGCGAUUCGGUUGGACAGAUUGUUGAACCUGAGCAGCUUCGAAAGGUUAUAUAUCUGGGAGGGAUCGAUCCUAGUUUGCGAAGAGUUAUUUGGAAGCAUAUACUAAAUGUGUAUCCUGAUGGAAUGACUGGCAGAGAACGGAUGGAUUAUAUGAAAAGGAAAUCAGGUGAAUACUACAAAUUACGUGAUGUGUGGCGAACCGCGGUUCAACAGGGCAACAUCGCAGGUGAACUGGCUUAUGUGACUGGUAUGGUGCGAAAAGACGUUCUCCGAACUGAUCGACUGCAUCCUUUUUACGCUGGCAGUGAUGAUAAUCAAAACAUUGCAUCACUUUUCAACGUUCUCACCACCUAUGCGUUGAAUCAUCCAGCUGUGAGCUACUGCCAGGGAAUGUCGGAUAUUGCUUCACCAUUGUUGGUUACUAUGGCCGACGAAGCACAGGCGUACAUCUGUUUUUGCGCCGUCAUGACCAGAAUGAGCUGCAAUUUUAUGUUGGACGGGAUUGCAAUGACUCUGAAGUUCAAUCACCUUUCGGAGGCACUCCAAUAUUACGAUCCCGAUUUUUUCGCUUAUUUGAAAAUGCAUCAAGCAGAUGAUCUGCUGUUCUGUUAUCGAUGGCUGCUGUUGGAAAUGAAGCGAGAAUUUGCUUUUGACGACUCGUUACGAAUGUUGGAAGUUUUGUGGAGUUCACUUCCAGCCAUGGCACCUAAGGGAGAGUUGGCUUUAUUUGAAAAAGAAUUCACACCUGUUCCUUCGGAAGAGCCACAGCCUAAGAGCCCUUCUAAAGUUACACUUAGAACGCCACGCGAAAAUCCAUACACCAAGGUGUGUGCCCUCAGGCGUCAAAGUUCUGCCCUUUCGUUAAUUUCCUGCACCAACCCAAUCAGCAUUCAAGGUGCAUCUGCUAAGCUUGAUGCUACGAAACGACUAAAUUUGAGUCUGGACGAAAAUAUUUCGCGUGGCCACCUGUACUCCAGCAAAGUUGUGACAAAAGAGCAUCAAAGUCUGGAUGAGGCAAAAAGUGCAUUGGUCAAACAGCGAAGGGUGUUUCGUAGCGUAGGGGAUGAUGACAUUCAGGAGGGCAAUGGAGAUCAAGGACUGGGUGAGAAUGAAAGCGCUGAUGAAGAUGGUGAUGAAGACAAUGUUUUCCGCUCUCCGCAACAUACAGAACCUGAGACUACAGUGGGUAAAAAUCCAUUCCUGGACAGUUCACCGGAGACAACAACACCUGUUGAACCUGUCGAAGUUAGUACACCAUCUGUUAGUUCCAGUUUAGCGAAUAAUGCGGUGACAGUAAGAGAAGAACCGUUAUUGAAAGAUAAUAGUAAACAGUCUAGUGAAAUCCAGCAUCCUUCUCCCUCACGUCAAACAAGCGUCGGAAGCGGAAUUCGAAAUUCUCCCGUUAGUCGAAGUAAGAGUUUGUUUUCCGCUGGAACAGGAAACCUAAUAGCACGGCAGCUUAGUAGUCAACGAAAAAAUUUCAGCGCUACUGGUGGAGGUCACUUCAAAGAUUUGAAAGAUAAAUUGGCAGCGAGCAAAAAAGGCAUUUUUGCUUCACGGGAUCAGCCGGACGCUGAUGUCAAUCCAACUGAUGCGGGCGAAGAAGAUCGAAAGCCUAGACUGGUAAAAAAUUUCAACGAAUUCCUUAGCUUCGCAGCAAUGAACCGAAGUCGCUUAAGCGACAGAUUAAACACGAAAAAACUACCAUCAUCGUCAUUAGAUUCGACGGGCAGCAAUACAACUCUUACAACGGGCUCUUCGAUUACCAUCGAUGACGAUUCGACAGAAACAAUCGAGUAUGAUGAGCUAAAACCAAAACCACUUAUUAAACUUACCAAAUCAUCGCUCGAUGAUUCUGAUUCAUCCAGCAUGGGGGUGGCGGCCAUUUCUCGAUCUAGUGAUAACAGUAGCUUUAUAGUGGAUGACAGCUCUGUAUCGGUGUCUCCGGUUCCGCAACCGUUAAACGAGACAGAUGUAAUUCAGAAUGACGAGGAAGGAAAAGGCCAAGGAGGUAGCAGUCCAGAUGACUCUCAGGAAUACUUUCCAAUGACAACUUCAAUGACCCGAGAGCUGAGGCUUGAAUUGGAAAAUCUGGAUCGUCACGUGUUCGGGACUGAUUUUCACAAUCAGCAGCGCUUUUACACGUUAAGCGGUUGUAUUGAACUAGAUACUCCACCAGAAAGUGGGGAAUCAAUUACUAGUUGCGCUCAACCUAACCAAAUCAGUUAUCGAAUGCUGGAUCAGAAUGGCUCAGUUGAUACUAUGGACAUACAAUCCGCAGAUAAUAUAUGCCCUUUGAAGGAACUGGCAAAUGCAGAUGUGGUGCGGUACCGCCAGAAGACCAGAGCGGUUGCUGAGGUCGAUGUUGACACCAGCAAAAGAAUUAGCACUUCAAGUGCCAACGCUGAUGUGUUUGUAUGGGAGAAUCCACUUCAUCAGUGCGAGAGUCCUCUAUCUACGGGCGGCGAGCCGUCGCAGGUGCGGGCACCGACGACGAUGGUAGAACAAACAGCCACCACACCAGACGAACACUCAGAACUGGAGUACGAUGGUGAAAUCAUAGUCGAAACAGCGAUGGGGAAAAAAUCCAUAACCCCGAUUCGAUUAGUCCGACGAAAUGGCGAUCAGUCCAAUAGUAAUUCAAAUCGUAAUUCGAUUAUUCUACCGGAUUCUGAUUCAGACGAUUCACUGGAGCGUUCCCUAGCAGUCAAUUUCAAAUUUAAUCCAAACAAUCCAUUCUACGAUGCCAAUUCCAUUGAGCCGAUUAAAAUUAACGCAAAAUCGCCUCUAGAAUCUACGCUAAACAUUCCAGAAACAUCUAACAUGACAUGCUCCAGCAAUUCAUUCGAGGAAGCAUCAGAGGCUUCUAAGAUUGAUCUCGUCAUCCAACAGCCCUCAGUCAACAUACCAUCAAAUACUGUCGCUCCUGAAUGUUAUAGUUCGAUCAAAGUUGCCGGAGUUCUUCCUCCACCGCACGAAUUCGGCGGUGGUAACCCGUUUAUGAUGUUCCUAUGCUUGACGAUUUUGCUACAGCAUCGAGACUACGUAAUGAAAACUGGAAUGGAUUAUAAUGAAAUGGCGAUGCAUUUCGAUAAGAUGGUGAGAAAGCACAAUGUUGUGCGGGUCCUGAAUCAGGCACGACAAAUGUUUGCCGAGUAUCGGCGGCUGUACCAGCAGCAGCAACAGCAAAGAAACAGUGCCGGUAGUGCCAGUAUGAGUAGCAGUAUGUAUGGUCGUUUGGGAGUGACUGCUGGUGCGAACGGGACUGGCGGUGGAGCUUUGCAUCCCAGACGGAAUACCACUAGUGGAGUGACGUUUACGGCGUAGAUGACAUUCGAAGAAAUAAGCGAAACGGGCAUAGCUACAAUACAACUGUGAUGAGCUGAAAGAACUAGGAGAAGUACGAAAAAUCCACAUCAGUUGAGUGAUCUCAUGAAUAAUAAUGUUGUAGUAGAGAAAAUUAGACUUCCGACAGGGUUUUCCGUUGAAUUUACUUUCGCAUGAUUAGUUCGUCCGAAUCGACUCUGUCAAAACAAACGUACCAUUAUUUUCAGUGAAAUGUUGUAUCGCUUGGUUUUGUUAGUGAUCGUUGGGAUAGAUAGAUAGCCACUAGAGUGGCGAGCCUGUUGGUAGACAGAAUCAAGUGUUUUAUUGCAAGGAGAAUAUGAACUAGAUUCGAUAAGUUUCGACGUUCGUACUAACGAUUUUAAAAUUUUAUCCCUAUUCCUAAAGUAACAAAAACAAAUGUUUUACCUCUAUACAAGAAACGCUGCUCUCAGGAUUAUUUGAUUUCCCAUGGUUUGUGAUACGUUUUAAACUGAUUUUAUUUUACAUCUGACGUAGCCGUGCUCAAUCAGCGUUAAUUUUUUUCCGUUCGGUACAUUCGACUAUUUUAAUAUAUCUACGAAAUACAAGCACAGAUAUAACAUAAUACCAGUAAUACCAAAUUUAAACGAUAAGUCAAUAAUAUAAACGGUAUGUAAUUUAAGCUAAGCAAACCAUAACACUUGCCUAUUUAGAGUAAUGACGAGAAGUCAAAGGAUAUUUACAUUUAGCAUUCUCCUAAACAUAUAAAGGAAAUGGUAGAUAGGAUUUAGGCAGGCAUGUUUCAGAUUUAUUUUUGUAAACUCCAGUUAAGACGCCGUAACUCUCACCCCUUCCCCUGAUUCUAGGGUAGUGCCUAGAAUAUGUAUGUGUAGGUUUGAUAUGGAAUAUUGGCAGUCAGCAAAAAUGUACGUGAGCUUUCUCUUUGUUGUCAAGCAACACAUAUGAUAGUCCUCACUUAUUGGCACAUUUGAAGUAUCGCUUGAAAGAAUCUCGUUGGAAUGACUUGGCACAUGUCCUUUUUACAGCGCUCGUACAGAUGUGAUUUUUUGUGGAAUCCAUCAAAAUCACGGAGGGGAACUGUGUCCAUGACGGACACUUUAAGGUUAAAUAGCAAAUUCGACUCAUCGGUAGAUGCAUUGCUCGCAAAUUGCACGCUAACCGAGAGAUCGUAUUCCAUCAAUAUAGUAACUGAUACUAAAAAAAUCAAACCGAAAGAUGUUUAAAAUGGUUGUGAAAAAUAGGCACAAAACCGUCAUUUCAAAACAGGUAUGACAAAGACGGACACCUGGCAUGGGUGAGAUGGACGUACGGCAUUGGCAAUGAUGAAUAUAGGACAAGGCAGAGUGAGACGCUUCUCGAUCAAUAAAUUUUAGGUUUGUUCCAGUACACGGAAGUCACUCCGGAGUAAACAGGAGCAAAAAAUCUUUGCUCCUUUUUAUUCCGGUUUGCUACCAGAAGUAGAAAAAAGAGAAGAAGAGAGUACAGGAACGAUUUUCUCCGGAGUACUUCCAGUUUCUUCUGGUACUGGAACAGACCUUUUGUUUUCUGUCGGUACAUCACAACCUAGCGAUAAUGAAAAAUAGCCCAAGGGUAUGCAAUUUGACGGCAUUUUGUUUUGCAUAACCGUCAAAAAUGUGUCCUUUCAUUACCUCAUUACCUUUCAUUAGACUCAUUUAAAUUUCUGUUUAUUUCAACAGUAGUGUUAAGUACCCAGUACAUCAUGUGAACCUAAAAAUGUUUUCCGAGAUCAACAGCUUUCAGGUUUAAAUGGUAUCAUAAAAUUAUAUCCGUUAGCGUACCCUCGAGAAAAUAUUGCUUUAUUUAAACAUCUAAUAAUUCACGUAUUAGAUAAUUUCAGUAUAAAAAUCAUAUAGUGUCAACCAUUCAACUGAAUUUUUCAUUUUGUGAGAAACGCAAUUUGCCCCUCUUACCCACAGUGUCCGUCUUCGACGCAGUUCCCCUAUUUAAAAACAUGCCUACCGAUUGAAGUGAAAACGAUAGAGAGCUUUCAAUAUAGGGUAAUGAGCCUAUUUUGGUCCUGUUUCUAUUAUCACCCUACCCAUUUGACGCCGUUGGUUAGAACAGAGUCUGCCCUCUUAGUUCAAUGCAUUGGCUCAAAUGGUAGCGUGAUAAUUGGGGCACUCGAUUCAAGUUUUUAUUGCACUCAAACACGAGCAUUUCACCGUUUUCAGGUCAUUUGUGUUAUUCAAGGAUGAAAAAUGUAAAUUAUCGAAAUUUUGUAUUGAAAUUAAAGUUGGAGUCAAGUCGAAGCGCUUAGCAGGUGGUACCACUAUAAUUGAUGCAUUGAAAUGAUUAGGAUGAAUAGAGCCAACCACAUAAGUUACAUCACAACAUCAGCAUUGCUCAUAAUUGAUUUUUGUUUUUCUCAACUGACGAUGGUAAUAAAAUUGAUACUUUGAUUGACGUCGAAGGAGUUCACAUCGGUAGGCAUUGAUGCUAAAAAAGAACACGUUUACAAAUCGCAUACUAAACAUAAAUAUUCGAAACCGAUACGGAAUCUAUUGGAACAGAUACUGCAUGCGGAACGUAGAAAACAUUUAACUACUUUUCGGACACAAAAUCAAAUACUAAUGUCACAUUUUAAAUAAUAGCACUGCUUCGCAUUGUUAAAUCUAUUACUAGCAGAUGACAUUUUUUAAAUUUUCCGCUUAUUGCACAGAAAAAUUGCUGUCACUGUUUAAAUUCUCUAUCAAAAGGUUUUGUUUUUGGCAAAUAUAUGAAUGGUAAAUUGCUAUCGGCAAUGUGUUUUACGCAUAAUGGGAGUUGGUAUUAAUCAUUUGCCAAGUAAUUUCAAAUAUUUGAAUAAUAGUGUAACUACAAAAACAAGCAAUACUGGUGUAUCAGACAAAAUCAAAACCCUCGAAGCAUCUUUAAGACGCUAGAUUUCAAACAAAACUGAUUUAAAAAAAUCUUUUUCUCUACUCGCAUUGUCAUGUUUCAUUCACAAAAGACUUGUUAUUUUAUUGAGGUUCAAUAUUUUCGUUCGAGUGAUGAGUGUCCGUACUUCAGUUUAAUUUAAGUUAAACAUUAGAUUUAAGUGUAAUUUACGAUUUCAAGAUGAGUUGUCUACCGGAACACAUAACUAUGAAUGUGCGAUUACUGAAAGGGAAGUAGUUUAGUUUGGAUUACAUUUUCAAGCACGUGGAUGUUGAUAAAAGUGAUUAUAUUCAAAAAACAAUAUUUAAAAUAAAUUGAUGAAGUAAAA